AAACCUCCCCAGGCCAGGGGCGGGCCCUGCCUUCGCCCGGUGGUAAAUACACUGCCCAACACCUCUCCAGGCUUCUCGUCCCAGUCUUCCUGACCACGAGAACUGUGACCACUAUCAACCAUGACAUCCUACACCAACAAGGGACCUAAGCCUGAGAGAGGCCGGUUCCUCCAUUUCCACUCCGUGACCUUCUGGGUUGGCAAUGCUAAGCAGGCUGCCUCCUUCUACUGCAACAAGAUGGGCUUCGAACCACUGGCCUACAAGGGCCUGGAGACCGGCUCCCGGGAGGUGGUCAGCCACGUCAUCAAGCAAGGCAAGAUUGUGUUUGUUCUCUCUUCCGCUCUCAACCCCUGGAAUAAAGAGAUGGGCGACCACUUGGUGAAGCAUGGCGACGGGGUAAAGGACAUCGCAUUCGAGGUGGAAGACUGUGAGCACAUUGUGCAGAAAGCCCGGGAACGGGGAGCCAAAAUUGUGAGGGAGCCCUGGGUGGAGCAAGACAAGUUUGGGAAGGUGAAAUUCGCCGUGCUACAGACGUAUGGAGAUACCACACACACCCUGGUGGAGAAGAUCAAUUACACUGGCCGUUUCUUACCCGGAUUCGAGGCCCCAAUGCACAAGGACACCCUGCUUUCAAAACUGCCCAGCUGCAACCUCGAGGUGAUCGACCAUAUUGUAGGCAACCAACCUGACCAGGAAAUGCUGUCUGCCUCAGAAUGGUACCUGAAAAAUCUGCAGUUCCACCGUUUCUGGUCGGUGGAUGACACUCAGGUGCACACGGAAUACAGCUCUCUGCGCUCCAUCGUGGUGGCCAACUAUGAGGAGUCUAUCAAGAUGCCCAUUAAUGAGCCAGCUCCGGGCAAGAAGAAGUCCCAGAUUCAGGAAUAUGUGGACUAUAAUGGGGGUGCUGGGGUCCAGCACAUCGCUCUCAAGACAGAAGACAUCAUCACAACGAUCCGCCACUUGAGGGAGCGAGGCAUGGAGUUCUUGGCUGUCCCGUCUUCCUACUACAGGCUGCUGCGAGAGAAUCUCAAGACAGCCAAGAUCCAGGUGAAGGAGAGCAUGGAUGUGCUGGAGGAGCUGAAAAUCCUGGUAGACUAUGAUGAGAAAGGCUACCUCCUGCAAAUCUUCACCAAACCCAUGCAGGACCGGCCCACACUCUUCCUGGAGGUCAUCCAGCGCCACAACCACCAGGGCUUCGGAGCGGGCAACUUCAACUCCCUGUUCAAGGCUUUUGAGGAAGAGCAAGCCCUACGGGGCAACCUCACCGACCUGGAGACCAACGGGGUGAGGUCCGGAAUGUAGGUCCCGCUCACACCUAGACCACGCAAGGUGCCGGGUACAUCAAUCAUCUCCAGCCGGCUGAGGGACAACCCCGGGGUUCCACCCACAUCAUGGCCACGCUCCCUCAAAUUGCAAGGGUCCCUCCUUGCCUGCUCCCUCCCUGCUGAGUAAAGCGACCCUCCAAAGCUG